CCUACUAUUUGUAGUUUUUUGUGAUUGUGAACUGUGAAUGAAAAGGAAGGCUCAUGUUCUGGCCUGAAGAAUGGAGAAUUUGUUUCAGACAUCCUUAUUUUUCAUUUUGUAACAUUUAAUCAAAUCAGUUUGAAGACAUAAGUGCUUCGGGUGGAACAAAUGAGUUAAAAAUUGGUGACAAAAACGUUGGCGUGGAUCAGGGUGGUCACCAAAACGCGCAGGCUAUGAAUUGGGCCAUGCAAUAAAAAUGGAAGCGGUAAAUACUUACGAAGGUCGAUAUGAACACAAGGAUAGCAUACCGUGUAGUAGUGCCGACAGCGACGCUUCUAGCAGCGUCCUCGAGAGCAACGACAGCGAACAAUUUAGCGAAGACAACAUGGACCAAACCGACGAUGACGACGAUCUUAAAGAAGACCUCCAGAAAACAAUCCCAGAAUGCUACAAGUCAGACUCAAACUUUACAUCACAAACAUCCAGUGACAUCACAAACGACGAAGAGUUCCAAGCGUCCGCCUUAUGCCAGUUUAUGGAUAUUUUAAACGAUCUAGAUGAAGUUUUAGACAAGUCAUUACUUGCCUGUCUCGAUGACCCGGCGUCAUUCGACAGUGACGAGGAUGAUCUCAUAUGUAAGCUUAAAGAAUGUAUUGGUGAAGCGUCACAACCAUCACAAUCCAUCGCGGGAAGUUCAGAAGAUGACAAUACACAAGUGAUUUGUGCACCUUCAGCACCAUCAUUGGAAGACAUCACAGAUAUAGUAGAGAGACAUUUGCCUAUUGGUCGAUCAAAAAGUUUCUCAGAACUAUCGGAUACUCAAAGGCAGACUUUAGUGUCGACAUUAGAAAGAGCUAGUACAACGAAUGACGGUUUACGCAAUUCAAUGAGGAGGUUAGAUCCUAUCAUGCUCCCAGCGAUAUCGUCGCAGGAUGAGCCGUUGACACUGCCAGUUAUAUUAUUUCUGGAGCACCAUGUUAACAUGCGGCCGACGAGUGCGCCGAUCCAGUUGCAGGUUACGGCUGCUAAUUUGAGUAGUGAUGGUGCGUCGGGGCCGCUGAUAGUGGGCCGUAGAGCGUUGCUGAUGAACCGUGCGCUGUCCCUGCCUUCGCCAGGGGAGAGUGACGUCACGGGGGAAUGGACUGGGAGGAACACGGCUCGGAGUACCACGAGGAGUUCUACUUCCAGUUCCUCGGGUGAGUCCCUCGCGGGAGUCAUUGCUGUCAAUCAAACCGCUGCCGGUGCCACAGAAGAGAGAAAUGAAGAGACUGAAGAGCCCCCAUUCGGCGUGUGGCCGCAUCGCAUGAGUGCUAUGUUAGCAUGUCUUAGUUGCACCGUCGGGAUAUUCAACAUCUCGCGUUUCGCUAUGUUUAGUGUACAUUUUGGAGCGAGCUUCAUUGUACAGUUUUUUAUACUGUCGUUUUUGAUCGGAAUCCCCUUGUUUACACUGCACUUGUGUCUGGGGCAAGUCCUGGAGUCGGGACCAGUCGACAUGUGGAGGAUAUCGCCCAUUUUCCAAGGGGUUGGGGUAUCGUUGCUUAUAACGCAGGCCGUUAUAGGCAUGUACAGCAUCAUAGGAGUAUCCUGGAUAUUCGUCUACUUCCGAGACUCGUUCAUUUCAACAGACGACCGGUACAAAUGGGCGGUACCACAGGAGUUCAAUUUCGAUGAUGGUUCAAUAAGAAACGGUACAUUCAAAAUACAAGAGACUCUGCCCCAAUAUUUUAACGGGGAGGUCCUACAAAGGAGUUUAGGUGCCAACUCUUCCUACUUCGGGUCAAUAAAGUUCCAAGUUGCGUUCAACCUAGCUGUGGUGUGGAUGAUCGUGUUCGUCGCGCUUAGCAAAGGCCUCCGGUCUUACGGCAAGGCUGUGUAUAUGUUAAUAUUCCUACCGAUCUGCGGCACUCUAGUGCUCUGUACCAAGUUGCUCACCCUCAUACCAUACGACAGCGUUACGAACAUAUUCUCCGAGACCGAAUGGGGCGAAUUCUUUAUCAACAGCAAUAGCUGGGCAGCGGCCACACAAGAAACGUUCCUCACUUGGGGCCUGCUAGGCGCGUGUAUAAUGCAGUUAACAUCGCACAAGAAUGCCAAGAACAAGACUAACGGCAUGUUGCAGAAGGAGAGCGCGUGCAUAGUAGCGUUCACAUUCGCCGUGCUGCUGCUUGGGUCGUUUUUAGCGAACACUUGCGUGCAAAUAUUGAAGAACUACGGGUACAACUACAUACCGGGAAGUUACGAAACGGUGAAAUCGUCCCAGUUCCUCUGGCCUACAUCGGAGCCGUUGCCAGGCAACCAAGUGUCGACCCCGGUGCGGUACAUGGGCCACUACGGCAGCCUGGUGGGGGUGACGGUGUGGAGGAGCGGCGGCCCGCGCGCGCUCAGUGGCUGGCAACCCUUACAGCUGGCCACGCAGCUCGUGCCGGCUACCCUCGCUGUGUUACCUGCUAAUGUGCUAUCCCCAGCAUGGGCGGUGAUAUUCUACUUCAUCCUGAUAAUGUUCGGGGUGGCGCAACAGCUGGCGGUGUGGCACUGCGUCAUCACUGGCGUCAUGGCCAUCAAUGCCCAGGCUCUGAGGGUGUGGGAGACGACUAUCACCUUCCUGAGCUGCGUGUUUGGACUCGCCAUGGGGUUGCUGCUCAGUACCGAUGCUGGCAUCAGGAUCGUCCACUUCAUAGACUACGUGUGGGUCGGGUCAUGGUGGCAGUGCGCCAUCCAGGUGGCUCUGGUGGUGGGCGUGUUCGUGGUGCGGGGCCGGCCGUACUCGCCGGACGUGGUGGUGGCGGCGCUGUACUGUGCGCGGACCAGACUGUCCAUGACCCUAGCUGCGUUGACUAGCUUCACCUGGACUGUCAUACUGCCUGUUCUACUCUGUGCAAUCUGCGUAGUAGACUUCCGAGUGGGACAACAAAGGCAACUGUACACCUGGAGGAAACCAGUCGGAUACUGGCCGAUAUGGGCGCGACAAGUCGCAGUGUUGAUGCAACAAGGUGCCAUAUUAACUGUCCCCAUCGCGGCUUUCAUCCAAACUUGGAGGUACAUGAGCAAAGGACCGCCGGAUAUUCUCGAACGUAUACAGAACCUGUACCGGCCGCGUAUGGGCGCGUCGCACGAGAGCCCGGCGCCGCGGGCCGCCGCCAGGAGCGAGCCCGCGCCCCCCGCGCCCGACCCGCCGCCCAAGUAUACCCCCCCGCCGUCGUAUUCCACCGCUACUGGCGCCAGGCUCAGAGAUACCCUGCGGAGGAGCUUCCGCACUUUGAGGAGACUAACAACAGGCCGUACGGAGCCUCUGCAAGCAGAUGACACAUCACACACGCCGAUCACGCUCAGCGAAACCGUCGACCGCGAACUACACUCCUUAGAAUCUCAACCGCCCGAGUACAGCGGGGUGUUCACUGCGCCAUCCCUCACCGUCACUGAUGAGACGGAUUCUCGACCGAGAAUAUCCCGACCAAGGUCAUCGACCUCCAGGAAUUCCCUCUCUUUAACCAGAGAUUACCUCCGGCGUUCAUUCGUCCGGAAGAGCGAUUCAGUCAAAAGUAUUCGUUCGAGUCUACGCCGGAGCUUCAAAUACGGUGGUGCCUUAACGACAAGUCACGAGCACUUGGUUCGUGGCGCCGAGCCCAUGUCGACGACCGUUGCCAUGUCGGCCAUGAUCGAUGCCGAGGGCUCCCCCCACGCGCGCAGCCUCGCCUCUGUGAUAUGAUUUUUCCUGAAGCCUCUAAGGCUGUGCAGUUGAGACCAAGAAUUUUAGUGAUGCGUGAAACGGUGUGUUCACUUCGGAGUU